GCGGCGGGCAGCGCGCUGGCCUUUCCCUUGGGAAGCGCCGCAGACACGUCCCCGUGGAACGCCGUGAGGGCGGGGGGAGCUCUUUGGGCGGCAUUUUUUGGGCAGAAACGCAGGGUUUCAAUGUUGGUUUUUAGGGGGGGGAGAGAGGAUCGGUGUUUUUUUGUUGUUGUUUCUCUCGAGUUGCUCUCCCGAGUGUCGCUCCGACAAGGGUGCAGUGAUGUCCCCGGGAAUAAAUACCCAAAGGAGUCUUUUCUGAAGGCGCGUCCUUGAGAUCGGGAGUGGGAGCGAAGAGCAGCGGCUGCGGAGCCGCGAGGCAGCACGCUGGCGGCUCGCGGUGCCCGGCCGCCGUAGUAGCGAGCGGCUCCUUCGGUGGUUGGGCUGGGGAGCGCUGGGCUCCUCCUCCUCUUCCCCCCCAAGCCGUGCACAGCCGGGUAUGUGGCUGACUAGUCUCCCCCCGUGUCUUUCUUUUCCAUGGGUAUACACACCGAGACUCGCACAUGACAGUACUUCGGCGCGAGAGCCGGUGCAUCGCCAGGAGGGCUGUGCUUCCACUCCUGGCACGCACACACACACAGAUACACGCUGCUGCUGCUGCUGCCGCCGCUGGAAGUCUUUCUACACAGGGAUUAGCAGCCGCCUGCCUCCCUCCUCUCUUUCUUCUCCUUUUCCUUCCCUCUCUCCUUUCCCACAAACGCUUGACUAACGGACGGCGGGCAGAAAAAAGCCAAAGUUCAUAAAACAUCACGAGGGUCAUAUUGUUCAGGAUUUCGAAGAGCCAUCAUUUACCUUUGCGGAUACAAGUAAACGUACAAUGGUGUCCCGACCAUCUGCUCAAGCUGCUUGAGAACAAUCUUCUGUGCAAAUGGCAUGAAAGAACAGUCGAGCAUCAAAUAUUGAAACUGACGUCUGAAUUAAAAAGUGUGCAAAAAUUCUCUUCCCUCUUUAACUAUUGAAACAAACGAAAAUGGAAAUCUGACUAAAGGAGGCCUUUCCCUGAGAUCUGCCUGCUGCAUAGCCAUACAUAUUAGAUGACUUUGGGACUUGCAUUACAUCAGCGAUGAAGGGUUUAUCUAGCAGCCGUAGUCAUCAUCAUGGGGUUACCUGUGACCCUCCGUGUGAUAGCCUGCCACAUCACUCGGACAGGAAGCCAUAUUUGUUAAACCCGGUGGACCCCCACCCUGCAGACCACCCCUACUACACUCAAAGGAACUCUUUUCAGGCAGAGUGCAUGGUGCCCUACAAUGAUCAGAUUGCCAGCAGCACGUUCCCUCGGAGACACUAUAACUCCCACCACGAACUCAAGGACGAGUGUGCUCUGGUUCCCCAUGGAACUGCCAACAAGACUAACCGCAUUCCUGCCAACCUUUUGGACCAGUUUGAGCGGCAGCUGCCUCUGAAUCGGGAUGGCUACCAUACUCUGCAGUACAAGCGGACUGCCAUGGAGCACCGCAGUGACAGCCCAGGGAGGAUCCGGCACCUGGUUCAUUCUGUCCAAAAGCUCUUUACCAAGUCCCAUUCACUGGAAGGACCAUCCAAGGGGAGCAUUAAUGGGAGUAAAGCGAGUCCAGAGGAGUCACAAACGAUGAGGUAUGGGAAGCGCAGCAAGAGUAAAGAAAGGCGAUCAGAAGGUAAGCCCAGAUCCAGUGCGUCAGGAUGGUGGAGUUCAGAUGACAACUUGGACAAUGAUGUUUGCAUUUAUCAUGGUCCCAGUGGGGUAAUGACCAUGGGAAGAUGCCCUGAUCGUUCUUCUUCCCAAUACUUUAUGGAAGCCUAUAACACUAUUAGUGAACAUACUGUGAAGUCAUCCAGAAGCAAUAAUGAUGUCAAAUGCUCUACCUGUGCUAACCUGCCUGUGAAUUUGGACUCCCAGUUAAUGAAGAAAAGCUCUUGGUCCUCUACAUUAACCGUGAGCAGAGCCCGUGAAGUUUACCAGAAAGCAUCGGUUAACAUGGAUCAGACAGUGGUGAAGGCAGAGACGUGUCAACAGGAACGGUCAUGUCAGUACCUCCAGGUUCCUCAAGAUGAAUGGUCUGGAUACACUCCACGAGGCAAAGAUGAUGAGAUUCCCUGCCGGCGGAUGCGUAGUGGCAGUUACAUCAAAGCCAUGGGGGAUGAUGACAGUGGAGACUCAGACACAAGUCCGAAGCCAUCUCCAAAGAUUGCUGCACGGAGAGAGAGCUAUCUCAAGGCCACCCAGCCAUCCCUUACAGAGCUCACCACCCUCAAGAUAUCCAGUGAACACUCGCCAAAGCUUCAGAUCCGGAGCCACAGUUACCUGAGGGCAGUGAGCGAAGUCUCAAUCAACAGGAGCUUGGACAGCCUGGACCCUGCAGGGCUGCUGACAUCCCCCAAGUUCCGCUCACGCAAUGAGAGCUACAUGAGAGCCAUGAGUACCAUCAGUCAGGUGAGUGAGAUGGAGGUGAACGGUCAGUUUGAGUCCGUCUGCGAAUCAGUGUUCAGUGAGCUUGAGUCUCAGGCAGUGGAGGCCCUGGACCUGCCAAUGCCGGGCUGCUUCCGUAUGAGGAGCCACAGCUAUGUAAGAGCCAUUGAGAAGGGCUGCUCCCAAGAUGAUGAGUGCAUAUCACUGCGGUCGUCUUCUCCCCCGCGAACAACCACUACAGUGAGGACCAUCCAGAGCAGUACUGUGUCAUCCUGCAUUACUACCUAUAAGAAGACACCGCCUCCAGUCCCACCGAGAACUACCACCAAACCAUUUAUCUCUAUCACAGCCCAGAGCAGCACAGAGUCUGCCCAAGAUGCGUAUAUGGAUGGGCAUGGACAGAGGGGAGAUAUCAUCAGUCAGUCUGGACUUAGCAACUCCACAGAGAGUUUGGACAGUAUGAAGGCACUGACAGCAGCUAUUGAAGCUGCUAAUGCACAGAUCCAUGGCCCAGCAAGUCAACAUGUAGGGAACAACACUGCCACUGUCACCACCACCACAACCAUUGCCACCGUUGCAGUAGAAGAUAGAAAGAAGGACCACUUCAAGAAAAACAGAUGCUUAUCUAUCGGAAUACAGGUUGAUGGUGCUGAAGAAACUGCCAAACUAGGUGAAAAUAAAGCAACCAGUAAGUUCCAGUCCAUAGGAGUGCAAGUUGAGGAGGAGAAGUGCUUUCGCAGGUUUACACGAUCUAAUAGUGUAACAACAGCUGUGCAAGCAGACCUGGAUUUCCAUGAGAACUUUGAAAUAAUCGACCCUCAAGAGGACAAUUUGUGUUCUGGACAAAUAUCAAGACAAUUUUCACGAGAUGCAAGCACCUCUACCGUUAGCAUACAAGGGUCAGGAAACCAUUACCAUGCGUGUGCCGUGGAUGAUGACUUUGAGACAGAUUUUGACCCGUCUAUUUUACCUCCUCCUGACCCCUGGAUUGACUCUAUCACUGAAGAUCCCCUGGAAGCUGUUCAAAGGUCAGUGUGCCCACGAGAUGGCCACUGGUUUCUGAAGCUACUGCAGGCAGAGAGAGACCGUAUGGAGGGCUGGUGCCAACAGAUGGAGAGAGAAGAACGGGAAAACAACUUACCUGAGGACAUUCUAGGGAAAAUCCGAACUGCAGUAGGCAGUGCCCAGCUCCUAAUGGCCCAGAAAUUUUACCAGUUCAGAGAACUUUGUGAAGAAAACCUGAAUCCUAAUGCACAUCCACGGCCAACCUCCCAGGAUUUAGCAGGGUUUUGGGAUAUGCUGCAGUUAUCCAUAGAAAAUAUUAGUAUGAAAUUUGAUGAACUUCAUCAGUUAAAGGCCAAUAAUUGGAAACAGAUGGAUCCUCAUGACAAGAAGGAGAGAAGGGUCCCUCCUCCAGUGCCAAAGAAGCCAUCGAAAGGUCAGGUGCCGCUCAUCCGGGAACGCUCUCUGGAGAGCUCGCAGCGUCAGGAGGCCCGCAAGCGGCUGAUGGCUGCCAAGCGCGCGGCGUCCGUCCGGCAGAACUCAGCCACCGAAAGCGCCGAGAGCAUUGAGAUAUACAUCCCCGAAGCCCAGACCAGGCUAUGAAGGGAUCCGACCAGGAGGACUCUCUCUGGCAAGACAAGUCUCCUGUACAAUCUGCCCCUCUAGGCUCCUGCUCCAGGUCACCGCCACCAAGUACUUGUACCUCCUCCUCCCUCUGCUCCCCCCCUCUCCCUGCUCUCUGUACGCAGUCCCGGUGACCCCGAUGAAUCCCACCACCGUGCCGUAGUUGUCGGUUCUCCGAGAGAUGUCCUCUAACCACCCUUGCUUCCUGAAGGUUUGCCCAUGUCACCAUGAUGCUUUGUCACAUGUACUGAUGCUGCCACCUCGCCUCAUGUAAACGAGUACGAUCCUUUUUCUGUUUGAAGUGAAUAAAUGCGGCGCUCGGAUCCCCAUGCACACGCGCACCUGUACAGUAGGCUCCAUUUAACCCACCCAUGACCUUUAGUCGAUCUAAAGCUAGCCUGUUACCUAGUGUACAGCAAUAUCCAACCGCAGGGGAUUUUGGAAAUUUCAGUCACGCAGGGUGAUCCUUUUGGACUCUGCCGUCUUCCUCUAAAAGAUGAAAGGAGCUAUGACUCGGAUUCCCCUUUUUUUUAUUGCUUUUUUUUUUUUUUUUUUUUAAAAAAAAAAGCAGAUGGCGCACUUUAUUCUAAACCUCCAAAUCACACCUUCUCACCUGAUUUUAAGGAGUCACCAAGGGGGGAGAGCAGUCGGGGUGGGAGCGGGGAGGAGGGUAAAAACACAGACCUGGGGGUGAGAAAUGAAAGCGUAUCCCGCAGAUGGGAUGGUGAGGGAUAGAAAGAUCCCAAGGAAAGAUGCCUGCACACUCACAGCUGCACAAACUGCCUCAUUUUUAUUUCAUCAAUCACUACUUAAACAUUUCAAUCAGCAGAAGAUUGUAAAUUCGAUCUUCCAGGGAAAUAAUCUAUUUUGAAAGGCAAUAAAAGAGUGAAAAGGAAGGAAAUAAGAAGCAAGGACAGUUGAAGAUAAUAUAAAAGAAGGAUUUUCUUGUCCAAGUAUUAAGAAUUUUUAAAAUUGUACUGUAUUGUCAAUUCCUCUUGUAUUGUAUUGUAUGGAUUAUAUUGGUUAAAAAAAAAAAAAAAAAAAAAAAAAAAAAAAAAGCUUGUUUCAUUGAUGUCUUACUCUUGGUGGGAUGAUCCGAUCUCACACAUACACACAGCCACACACCAACACCUGUCAGCCACUUGUACGCGGAGCCUGCCGUGCUCUUCUAGGCGAGGCGUUGCAUUAUCCACAGCCAGUUUAUGCUACCGUGCAGACUGCUCCUCACCAUGCAGUCCAUAUCUAGGUGUAAGGUUCUAAAACAGUCUCCUCCUGAUAGUAUAAAGUACCACCCGACUAAGAACAAUAAAGUAUUUUUCACAAGUUAUGGGAUCGGUAUGAACUUAAUUUUGUUCCAUGACAAGCCUUCCUUCCCCUGCUUCUGCCAUUGUUUCACAGUCACAAAAAAUAUGCAUCCCAAGUAGUCCAUUAAUACUGGGGGUAAAUCGUAGACAAUAGGGCUGGAGAGGAGCGAGGCUCUCAGCCUGGCCUCCUCCAGCCCAGGCGGGGGCUGCUGCUCCUGCAUACUGGCGGUCAGGCGCUGGGCACACCACCCCAGGAAGGCCUUGUGCCAACAGCAGGAAAGCCAGGCAAGCUGCACACAGCACAUUGGGCACACGUGUGGGUGGGUGGCUGGGUGCGACUCGUGCCUCCCUGCUUUCUGCUGGUAACAGAGGGUUUGGCCAGUGCAACUGUGCCCAGGGUCCCAGGAGCAAAGUUCUCAUGACCCUGCACUAUCUUUGCCUCCAUGAGGGAACCCACGAAGGAAGGUGGUGGCUCUCCACUCCCGCUGGGGAUAGGCCUAGGGACAGCUGCCCUGGUGGUGCAACAUGGUGUGCACGGUGGCCCCAGACCAGUGCGGGCUGCCUGUGCCCUUCACUGUAACAGCUGGGCUGGCCUGACCAGGUCUCACCAUAGUGCUGGCAUCAUUCUGCCACUUGCGCUUCAGAGCACUGAAAAUUGUCGUCGACGAGCAAAGCUCUUGCUAAAAGUAUUCUUUGAGGUCAUGCCAGACAGCUUCUUUUCCUACGACAUCAUAGCCAGGUGCUAAUUUAAUUUUACUGAAGAAAAUAAGAGAGGUAAUAGGUUCUGGCACCAGGUAUUUUCACGAAAGCAUACUAAAACCACUAGAGAAUUUGCUACCUCUCAAAGCCAUUGAUAUCUGAGCUAUGUCUUUAUAAACAGGGCACAACUACUUACUGCUGUGGUUUACAAGAUAAGGGCUAAUAAUUUAAUAUAUAAAAGACUUUUAACUAGAGUAAUUGGAAAUCCAGUGUAACCCUAGAGUGCUUUGUGUUAUAGGAGCUUGGAAAGGCUUGACCCUCUCAGCACCCAAAUACCUGUGUGUUUGCUAGUUUUGAAACACUCCAUCUGACUUUGAGCAGUAAUGAAAUAACACCGUGUUUGCAGUAUGUAAUAGUGCCAACUGCCACUUUGAGCAUAUCAUCACGUUAAGCAUUAAUUUUUUGGAACUCAUUUGUACCGAAGUAUACAAAGCUGUAUUCAGGUGAGAGUCUGCGUUCACAGCCAUGUCUCAGAUUAUUUAGUUUCAUGGAUGUUUUAUGAAAGAUGAGUUAAGAUUUUGGUUGACAAGUGGCUACAGAAAUUCCUAUCUAGCAAAAGCCCCCCCUUACAAAGCAGAGAAGGGAAAACUGGCUAGUCUUGUACAUGAUGAAUUAUUGUAUUUGUAUAUCACAGAAUAUUUUCAUAUAUAUUUUAAAUGAAUCUAUUCUUAGGUGAAUGCCUGUUAGCACAUUUGGCUCCAGGGAGAGAAUUAUAACGUUUGCUUUGUUUUUUAGCAAAGUUUUAAGAAUAUGCCCAAGACCAGUAAAUAUAGAAGAUAAUACUUCUGCCCCUAGAAUGCCACUAGUUAACCACUUGACUCAUUUACUGACACCAAUAUACAACUAGUAUAUUUGCUGUAUCAUCUGUUUUAGUACAAUUUGUAACUACUUGUUUCAGUCUAACCUGCCCGGUGUAUAUUCAGAAUUCCUAUAUGUUAUUUCAAUUUGGUACUAAGGUCUUUCUUUCUCUCUCUCUUUCUUUCCUUCUUUCUUUUUUUUUUUUUUUCUUUUUUUUCUUUUUUUAUUUUUUUUGGCUUGGGAGAAAUUUUAGAAAAGGUUGCUUUUGUCUCCUGCUUCAGAAGUUAAAAAAAAAUAAAGAAAAAGGAAAAGAAAAAAAUCAGUAUUUAUUAUAUUUUUUGCAGAUGUUUCCAUGAAAUUCUCAUAAUCUUUUUUUGUAAAGAAAGAUGAAGAAAUGGAUUAAAGAUUUUUAAUAUUUGAAAAGGUAAAUAGAAAUAAUUUAUUUGUAAUAUAGUUCAGUUUAUUUAUUCAUGUUCCCUUAAUGCUUUUAUGUGCACUAUCACUUUAAUUUGAACAGAAUCUUCGUGAAGUUUUUGGGGCUUUUCAUUUUGGUUUUGUUUUUUGGUUUUGUUUUUUUAAGGAAAAAGGUCAAAAGCGUGUUUUAAGUAAUCGGGAUGUAAUUUGAUGGCCUACCUGCAUUCCCAAAUGUUAUUUUGAAAAUGUUUCUAAUAUGAAACAAAUGGCAAAAAAAAAAAAAUUGAAAGCCUUUAGACAGAGGAGAGUGGUUUUAUGGCAUAACGAUUUGGAUUUCCAUAGGAUUAUCUACCUAGAUGGGUGUGUGGACAGGAAAAUGUAAAUAGAUGAAUGUUUCCCAUAAUGUAAAAAGAGCAAAUUAAUAAAAUAAUUAAUGCACUGCUUGUAAGAGCUGUGGGUUUUCAAUGUAAAUUCACUCUUCCAGAACCACCAGAAUGCUUCGCUUGAUGUGGUCCAGGAUAAAAGCAUGACCAGCAGCGUGUUUCUCUUAAACAACCGUUGCUUGAGACUGAUUCCACAGAGCCUCCCACUUGCAGAACUUCUCACUGGAGCAAACCCCUCUGUGAUACCUUCCUGGAUCCCCAGCAGAACCCUCACAGGCACUUCUACAUGGAGCCAGACCCCACAGAAGUGUCAGGGGUUGGGCUGGUGUCAGCACUGAGCACUGAGCACUGAGCACUGAGCAGCACUGUGCAUUUCAGCACACACUAUCCCAUGUGCUUCUUUCCAAGAUAGCACUGAGCAGGGCCCAGCAGUGGUAGUUUCCCUUUGCCAGUGCCCUGCCUGCAGGCAGGGUUUCUCCCAGUCUGGGAAAUCAUGACAGCCAUCAAAUCUUGAACUGGGAUUAUUUAAUCUGGAGGAGACAUAGGGAUGUAGAGACCUUGUCGCUCUCUACAACAGCCUGAAAGGAGGUUGUGGCAAGUUGGGGAUCAGCCUCUGCUCCCAGGUGACAGCAAUGGAUGAAAGUGAAUGGCCUCAAGUUGUACAAGGGGAGGUUCAGGUUGGAUAUUAGGAGAAAUUUCUUCUCAGAAAGAGUGGUGAGGGAGUGGCACAGGCUGCCCAGGGAAGUGGUGGAGUCACUGCCCCUAGAGAUGUUCAAGAGCUGUGUGGAUGUAAUACUGAGGGACAUGGGCUAGUGUGCAAUUUUGGUGGUAGAUGGAUAGUUGGACAUGAUGAUCUUUGAGGUCUUUUCCAACCUUAAUGAUUCUACGAUUCUAUGACUGUAUUCUAUUUUCUGGAUGAUGUUGUUUGUGUAACAGAUUUAACACAUUUCAGUUUAUAAGCCCAACAGUUUACACGAACAGCACACCAGAGUUGUACCAUGUACCAUUUAUCUACUAUUACACCCUCAGCACAGAGAAAUCAGGAAGAUUUAUGUUCUAGAGGCAGGGAAACUUCUUACAGUUUGACAGCCACCAAGACCUAACGGUGGGAUUUCCUUUCCUCUGCUGGAACUUACGUCCUCCCUGGUCACUCAUAAACUGACAAACCAGAGAUGGCCAAAACAUGCUUAAAUAUUUAAAGACCUUUCUGCAGUGGCUGAUGUUUUCCUGCAAUGAGAACACAUCAGAGUGUAAAACAGCAAAUAUGCUUCAAACUAUUCCCUCAGCAGAAGAAUGAUAAAGUCUGAGCCGUGGCUCACAGCCCUGCCAUUUGUGCUGCUUAAAGUAAACUUGAUUCUUAUUUAUAUUCAGCAUUCCCUUCCAGCUCAAUGUUCCCUCCAAAUCAUGAGCCUUCCUCAAGAGCAUGGCUUGUUAUCAGUUUGCUUGCCAAAGUCUGUUCUCGCCUGUUUUGGAUACUUAUAUUUGCAGUAUGCAAUAGGCAAACAAUACAUUAUAACCAUCACUUUGAAGCAUGCUUACCCAUCAAGUUCACUGGGAGUCUGUGCUGACUUGGAGCCAGUUCUUUUUGAUUGCAAUUCAUGAUACAAAUGUUGGUCACUCGUUGGCAUUUGUCAUUGUAGUCUUUGGUGUAUACUUCAAAUAGGGCUUUGGAGUGGCAGUCAGUAGAGAAGGUUCUCCCUCAGUCCAUUGGAAAAGUUCUCCUUCAGUCCAUCAGGGAAAUUAUGACUCAGUCCAUUUAGGACACUAUCCUUUGUUCCACUGGUGAGGUUCCCCUUCCCUCUUGUGCAUCCCCGGAAGACACAGCCAGGUCUUCCCGUGCAGCCCAGGAUGCACACAUGGGCUUGCACUGAGGAAGUUUGGCAUCAACACCCACAGUUAGAAAUUGCUUGUCCCCUUUCCCUCUAGUCUGAUACUGUAUCAAUGGCCAAAAAUUUUCUGUCCCACCACACCAAGCUCAUUCAAACCUUUAUCCUCCCUUCCGUGUGCCGUCUUCAGGAUGGGGGUUUUCCAGUUCUUCAUGCCAUGCUCUGGUCCAUCAGGUACAUCUAAAUGCCAGCUGCAAACAUGAUGUGUUCAGGUUUGUCAGCCAGUGGCUGAGCUUUCCCACACUUAGGUGUGACUGGCAUGCAGCACCCCUUUGGGUCACGUGAAUGAAAAAUGGCAGCUCUUCUAUUUCUCUGAGAGUCACGUGCCCAGUCUGCAGCAAGACAAAGAGACGAGGAAAGGAGCAGUGCUUCCUGGUAAUUGUGUUUUUCAUGGUUCUCUUCACUGAUCAGGUAACAACAUAAUCAGAGAAAUUUGGGCCAGAAAAGUUCUGCUUGGGCAUUGUGUGACAACCAUCCCUUUCAGAUUGCUAUCUCCCAAGCUGCAGCAGGUAAGUCAUCACCUCACUGCUGCUGCUACACUUAAGGGAAAGAAAAAAAAAAAACACACACACAAAAGGAAAAAAUAUAUACAUAUUAAAAGAUACACAAAAGCCAGGCCAGGCUGUGGGAUGCCUUCACUUCUGUUGGGUAAGCCUUGGUGCAGAGCCCUCUGUCAUACCCACUCUGCGCCCAGCAGUCCUAUGGCAGUGUGCCUGGAUUUUGCUAUUUUCCAGCCAAGCAGAAUGGAAGCAAUUAUGGAUUUUGCCAGCUCUAUUCAAAGCAGAGAAAUGUUGGAGUUCUUCAGCACCGCUGGGAAAUCCAGAGGUUGCUCAGUCCCAGAGCAUCCCUGGGAAGCUGCUGCUCUGUGAUGUUUUAUAGCUGCCAAAGCUUCAUGGAACGGGAGAGUCUUUGUUCAGAGCUAAGGGGAAAAGCAGUAGGGCAGAGUGAGAAGGAUGUUUCUGUCUGUCAGGUGUUUCAUGGGGGUGAGAUAUUACAGAAUUACACAGAAUUGUAGGGUUUGGAAGGGACCUCUAGAGAUCAAGUCCAACCCCCUGCUAAAGCAGGAUCCCAUAGGAAGCAAGGUCACAUAGGAAGGCGUGAGACAGGUCUUGAAUACCUUCAGAGAAAGAGGUCCACAACCUCUCUGGACAAGCUGUUCCAGUGUGCCAUCACUCUGACGGCAAAGAUCUUUCUAUGUUGCAAGUGCAGACAGCUGCAUGCUGAGGCUCACAGCUGGGGUUGGAGGACAGAACGGAUCACAAAUGUGAGCCACUAAAAGGCAACUCCUCUCCAUGCAACUAUCCUGCAUCCCCAUGGGGAUGCCAAGCCUACCAGCUAUCUCUAGCUCUUAGCUGUACCGAAAGGACUAUCAAAGACAAAUCCUUAAUACAGUGUGGCUUAUUUUUCCUGUUGUAUUGGCUAUCAGUGCUCAAAACUGCCACUUGGAAUUGCUUCACAAGUGCAUGUUGCAUGUUCAGCACUGGAUUGCUGUGGUCCUUGAACAAGAACGGUAAUUUUUCCUUCUUUUGUUGUGUAAAAAAGUGUGUAGCAUUGAGAUGCCAAUGUAUAGCAAACACUGAGCUGGGCCAUGCUAUUUGUCAUCUCCUAGGGUGUCCAUUUUUUCUUUUUUAAGGGGGCGGGGGAAUAAGUGUUUGUGGUAAUAACUUACUGUGCUCAUUGUUUUGCUUGCCUUUGGAAGAAAACUUUCCUAUCAUCUGGGAAAAAAAAGAAAAAGAAACAAAGAACAAAACAAAACAAAACAAAACAAAAAAAAAAACAGUACGGAGACUUCUUCAACUUGUAGAUCUGGCAAAAUCACAUCUUCCCCAUGAAGUUUACACAGUUGAAUUUGCAGUGUUAGAAAAGAAAGGAGACUUCACCCCAGCAUUAACUGUCAGUUGUGUAAUUUGGCUGAGACAUAAAGAUCAGUUAUUUCCAUGGAAAAAUGCCUGCUUGCCAAUCUCCAAGUGACUCCAGAAGAGCAAUGCCUGAGCACCUGAAUUUUAAAUCACAAUCAUGUGUGAAAGGGUCCUAAUGCUCUGACUCAUCACACAAUAAAUACAGUGAUUUAAAAAGAUAUAAUAACAAGUGAUCUUUGUCAACAGUGCUGUAUGCCUAUACAUAUAACAAAUAGCACCUUUGAUAACUAGGUAGCAUGGAUCAAUCUGAGUGGCUUUUUGCACAACCAACCUAAUGUUUCAGCUGAGAGGGAGAGUUCCCUUUUGUUUACAUAUUUCCUGGCAAUAGCAUCAUGACGACUGCAGUCUGGCUGAGGGAAUGCGCAGGGAACUGGGAAGCCAGCCACACGUUAGCAAAUUGCGGUGUACUCCCUCACUUCUACCCUUUGUUCAAUUGACACGUGCUCAUCUCUAAAAGGGAAAAAAGCUGCGUGUGUAUUGCUAUGCAGCAUUUCACUGCAGUGAUUGGCGUCCACCAGCAUCUCCCAGGCAGCGCUGAGACUCGGUAAGAAGCAAUCCAUCCUCUGUGCUUGUCCUCAGCAAGCUGGUAGGAUGAAAAUAAAACCAGGAAACUGAGCCAAAGCAAAGCAAACCUGUUGAAGCAUGCAAAGCCUGCCAUUAGAACACAAUCCAUGCAGAUUUUGUUUGUCAACAGUUGCAUCAGCCAAUACAGCAAUAGUCUGAAAUGAUUUUUCACUGGAAACAUUUUCAUGUCAAGCAGAACAUGUGAGCUUACCAUUAAUGGUAUGAGAGUUUCCCAAGCACCAAGUGAGGGCAAUGCGAGUGCAAGCACGACACAGCUACAGCACCCAGCUGCAACAGCUGCAGCACAGGGGAGGUGCUGCCCAUUGUGCAGCAGGGAGACAUUGCACCAGAGGAGCUGUGUGUUUUCUCCCUGCCUUGCUCUUAUCUUAAGCCAGUCACCACUGGAGCGGGGUGAAGGAAUCUGCUCUGGCACCAGUAAUUGCACCCACCUGGGAGAGAGGUUUGGCAUUCAGAUUAUCCAGCUUUAUUCAGAUCUCUACAGACCUCAGUUCUCUCCCAGGUUUUUCAAUAGGCAAGUUGAAAUUCUGCUCCUCGGGAGUCAGCACAUUAAGUUUGCAUUGCUCUUUCAGCAUUGUAACAGGGAGCAGCAGUUGGAUCAGAUUUUUCAUUCUUCUCUCAAAAGGUCAAGGAAACAUGAAACUGCAAAAGCCUAAUUCUUCCCUGCACCGCAUUUGUGUAAACCCAGAGGGCAGCAUGGCAAUGGUAAUUUUAAUGCUUUUUUUUUUUUUCUUUUUGCCUUUUCAAUACAAAAUCCUUUGCGCAUCUGCUGACUGGUCACACAGCAAAGCAUUUACUUUUACUCUUCUCACAUUACUCCUUCCAAGAAGCUGAUUUGCUCAGAGAAGCUGUGUUGCCCCAUCCCUGCAGGCACUCAAGGCCAGGUUGGAUGGGGCCUUGGGCAGCUGAGCUGCUGGGUGGCAGUCCUGCCCAUGGCAUGGGGUGGGACUGGAUGGGCUUUGAGGUCCCUUCCAAUCCAAACCAUUCUGUGAUUCCAUGACUGAGAUGAGUAUUCACAGCACCCAAAAGGGUUCCAACCACUGUAAAGCAAGCAUGGCAAAGCAGGGGCUUGGCACAGCCUCAGCUGCACUGGUGUGUACUGGCUCCAAUGCCACACAGACACUGCCUGCAAUGCUGGUCACCCAUGUGCAUGGCAGUUGUAAAAUGUGACUGUCACAAGAAGGCAUUCAGUGAGAUAAACAUUCCUGUAGAGUGAUCUGAAAGCCUGGUUGGAGAUGCUGUGUUGUGCAGGCUAAACAUCAUGCGAAUGUUGAUGUUUGCAUCUCACAGAGUUUACAAUCCAAGACAGAGCCCUGCACCAGAAUUAACUGCUGUGGUCUGUUCUAGAUCUACUUGCUAUGGUCUCAUUGCUCAUCUUUGAAAAUGAGUCGUGUGUUUUAAAGCAUCAUAAACAUGCACAUUUUUCCUUUUACCCAGACUUCACAAGGAGAUGUGAAGGCAAAGUCUUGUCUCUAAAAUUCCAUCAUCCUGACCAGAAACCAGUCUUAUGAUACAAAGCCCAAAUCCAACACUUUACCUCAGCUGCAACACAGGACAACACAACAGAGCCCUGCUGUGCUCCAGGCCCUUACCGUGUCGUAGUGAUUCAACAGGAGCAGGGUGGAACAUCACUACUGUUCUUCCUCAAACAGGGACAUGCUCUUCUUUAAACUUAACGUAAUGCAAUCCAUGAAGAGACGCACUGAUAACAUGCAGACAUGCAUUGGCAGCUGGGGAGCGACCCACAGUGGGUAAACUAAUAAUACACACAUACAUGGGAUGGGCAGGGAGUAGGGAAAUGGCUUUUGGCCCUGCACCAAGCUUCAGAAAAUGCUGCAUGCUGGUGGUGUUGGCUCUUGGGAAGAAGACAGCAGUUUUACAGCCAUGAGGGUCAGGCCCUUUCUGGCUCAGCCAUGUCCCCCAGCAGCCAGGCCGAGGCCAUGCUGUCACCCAUCAGUCAUGCACACACAACUCCUUCCAAGUACAAAGGCACAGUUGCAAAAGCCUUGUUUUUCAUCAGGCUGCUCCCAGGAUUUAUGGGCUGUCACCCAUCUGGGCAAGCAGAGAUGUUUACCUGCACCUGGUGUCAGCUGGGCUCAGUAACAUGAUUACAACACUCCCACUGCUGCCCUGUCCUAUCUCUCCUCUCCAUCUCCAGCGAUAGAAAUAGAAAAUAAACAAAUACAGACUCAAAACACUACCCGGAUCCAAACCAUCUGAGGUGUGGGGCAAAAAGAACUCCUUGCGAUCCUUUUUUCCCCAGCCACUACAGCUCUCAGUUCCAUAAAUGAUCAGUCCUCCCCAAAGCCCGUAGUUCAUUCAAUC